AUGCCCAUCCUCGGCGUACCUACCAACGAACCCACCCCGACCCACCCCCCUCACUUUUCCCUAGAAGCCAUCAUCCGACCCAACAUCCUCUCUCUCGUCCCGUACCGAUCGGCCAGGGACGAUUACGAUUCGGGCAUCUUGCUCGAUGCCAACGAGAACGCUUUGGGACCCGUCUUGCCGGCGCUGCUGAGAGCUUAUCAGGAGGGUACAGGUGGGAAAGAUGGCGAGGCGAUGCCCAUCAGGAAAGAGGAGGACUUUGCCGACGAGAUCCAGGGGGUCAACGGAUCAGGUACCAAAGUCAACGGGGCCUCGUCGUCCUCCUCGUCCAACCCGUUGAUGAGCAUGACGACCUCCCAACUGGCCUCGCUCAACCGGUACCCUUCGCCCACCCACGAUCCCCUCAAACAGCUCAUCGCCGAGCACCGGGGUGUGCCGUCGCCGAACUGGGUCUUUCUCGGAGUGGGAUCCGACGAAGUCAUCGAUCUGCUCUUUCGGGUCAGCUGUGUACCGGGAAAGGACGUCGUGAUUACGACACCGCCGACGUAUGGGAUGUACGGGGUCACUGCCAACGUCAACGAUGUAGGGGUCGUAGAGGUGCCUCUCAUCACCGAAGAGGGCAAAUUCGAGGUCGAUAUCGAAGCACUCGAACGCACCUUCCUCGAACAACCCAACGCCAAGCUCCUCUUCCUCUGUUCCCCCGGCAACCCUACUGGAACUCUCAUCCCCCUCUCUACCGUCCGUAGGAUCGCCUCGAACCCGAACUACAAGGGUAUCGUCGUCGUCGACGAGGCUUACAUCGAUUUCGCUCCGGAUCCGAGCGGGGAUACGGCUGUCGGGUUGGUCAAGGAGUUUGCGAACGUCUGUGUUAGCCAGACGUUGAGUAAAGGGUUCGGGUUGGCUGGGAUUCGUCUCGGUUUCGCCCUCGCUUCUCCUCCCCUGGUUCAGAUCAUGACUAACACUAAAGCGCCGUACAACAUCUCGGUCCCUACCGCCACACUCGCACUCACCGCUUUCACUCCCUCGGGAAUCUCCCUGCUCGACUCGCACACCGCUCGUCUCCUCCGCAAUCGGGACGAUCUGAUCGCCAGGCUAUCUUCCGGCGAGAUCAAGUCCAUCGGCAAGAUUCUCGGGGGCAACCACGCCAACUUCAUCUUGGUCCAGAUCCUGAACGAACAGGGUCAGACGUCGAACGAGCGGGCAAAGAUGGUCUACAAGAAACUCGCCGAGGAACUCGGGGUCGUCGUCAGGUUCCGAGGGAUGGAAAAGGGAUGCGAAGGGUGUUUGAGGAUAACGGUCGGAAGCGAAGAAGAGGUCGAGGUCUUGUUACGUCGCAUGAAGGAAGUGCUCGGUUCGUAG